GGAACUGGCAAGAAAAAGUUUAGAAUCACAUAAAACUUUGUUGAUAUGCAAUACAUUUUGUUUAAAAAUGCUAUUAACAGAUUAUUUGGAAUGUAAUGAAAGAGCUUUGAUAAUUAAACUGGUUUUGAAUGACAACCUAAAAUGGCUGAAAGAGUAUGGAAUGAGUGCUUUCAUAGUAAUUAUUUCAAUAGUUAAGUCUAUCAUUGAGCAAAUUUACCUUUACUAUUAUUAUUAUCAUUUUUCUAAAGAGCUCAGUCAUUGUACAGUAUAGUAACUGCGGCAGUGAUGCCUGUACUGUUUUGUGGGCGUGGCUUGAGCUUGUACACCUCACUGCUGCUGGGCUUUGACACGCCCAUUCUGGAGAAAAGCGCAAGCGAAUAUCACACUCGAUGCACUUACUCACAGUUAAGCGAAGCGGAGACAAGUGGAGCUCUCUCGCUGACUCACUUAAAACCGUUAACACUGAAAACAGGCGUGUAUGGACAGACUGGCUCUGGACUGUUCAUCACUUUGUUCAAGACAUUUUUGAUGGAACGUUACAGAAAAGAAGUGAAACUCCGAGAGUGCAAGAAUGAAAGGGAGAUGGUCUGCUUUACAUAAGCUAAGGCACAAACUCUGCCUGCUCUUUGUGUCAUUGUCCAUUGUGUGUGUACUGAAGCUUGUCUACGUAAAGGUCUCGUUGAAAAAACGAUUCUACAUUGAGCCCUAUGGAAUUACAGUAGGAUCAUCCACUUCGCAGUCUAACAAAGAUGCCAUUGACUGCAAUGCCAUUUAUGAGCUGGAUCCAGUAGAAAUUGGCAAGUCUUUGGAGAUAAGGCGCAGAGACAUUGUGGAGUUGGAUGAUGAGAGUGUUGUGUCUUUUACUGAGGAUUGUCCAAAAUACCUAUCUAUGAGAGGUUACAAUGGCAUCUCCGUGACUGAUGAGGAGCGUGACUUUCCACUGGCCUACUCUUUAGUAGUGCAUAAGAACAUGCCCAUGGUAGAGAGGAUUAUCAGAGCCAUCUAUGCACCACACAAUAUAUAUUGCAUUCAUUAUGAUCAGAAGUCCUCGAAAUCCUUUAUCGCAGGAGUGAAAAACCUGGCCAGAUGUUUCCCAAACAUAAUCAUCACUUCCAAACUGGAAUCAGUGCAGUAUGCACACAUCACAAGACUCAGUGCAGAUCUCAAUUGCCUGUCAGACCUAAUGAGGUCAGAGGUCAAAUGGAAGUAUGCUAUCAAUCUUUGUGGGCAAGACUUCCCACUCAAGUCCAACUAUGAGCUGGUGAAGGAACUGAAAAAGCUGAAGGGUGCAAACAUGUUGGAGACAAGCCGACCAAGUGAGCUAAAGAAACAACGCUUCAGCUUUCAACAUGAACUGAAAGACGUCCCAUAUGAAUACCAGAAAUUACCCAUUAGAACUACACUCACUAAAAGCCCCCCACCGCAUGGCAUUGAGAUGUUUAUUGGAAGUGCCUAUUUUGUCCUUUCGCGCGAUUUUGUCCAGUAUGUUCAAACUAGCCAGCUGGCAAAAGACUUCUUAGAGUGGUCAUCUGACACCUACUCUCCGGAUGAGCACUUUUGGGCCACGCUGGCACGAGUGCCCGGGGUGCCAGGAGAGAUCCCGAGGUCAGCGCCUGAUGUGACUGAUUUGAAAAGUAAAACCCGGCUGGUAAAGUGGAACUAUUUGGAAGGGUCUUUGUACCCCCCUUGCACUGGAGCACAUAUGCGCAGUGUUUGCAUUUAUGGUGCUGCAGAACUCAGGUGGCUCUUGGACUAUGGCCACUGGUUUGCAAACAAGUUUGAUCCCAAAGUAGACCCUGUCCUCAUUCAAUGUCUUGAGGAAAAACUUGAUGAGAGUAAAAGUCAACAUGGGGUGAGCACAGUCUCUUAAAAAGGGCUAAGAAUUGAAGAUUUAUAACCUUUAUUUAUAACCUAGUUUAUGGACGGAGAGGGGUUUAUGCUUUUCUAUUUGUUUCCAACUAAAACUGUCUUGCAUCUAUUAUAAUGCAAACAUAUUAAGUUUUGUGUAUGAUAUUCUUUCAUUUGCUGGUAAAAUGUUCAAUUCAAUACAAGUUCCAAACUAGAUUCCUCUGAUAAAUUUGAGCAAAACCAUCAAUGCAUUUUGCCGUUAACAUCAAACCAAAACUGAUGACCUCAGUGGUCAUUUAAAGUGCCUUUCGUCUUCUACUUAGAGUAUAGUGUCUUUAUUGUUGCCUUACUAAAGAACUAUGAAAUGCCUUGUUAAAAAUCAGAUUAAUAGAAUACCCAAUAUUCUACCUCAAUUGUCUUUUUAAAAAUUUUAUUUUAAAUGAACAUUUUCCUACUGUAUUAGCCUAUUUGUGUUUUAAAUAUUGAUAUUGUCUCAUAACUCUUUCUUUCAUAACUCUGAACAGUCUGUAUGUGUGAGAUAAGUCAAUGCUGCUUUUUACAGACACAACAUAUUAACAGGAACAGGAACCAAGGAAUCCCUGCUGACAAUCAUAAUUCACACAGAGAACAGUUAUGUGAAAGAACAUGUCUCUUGUUUUAAUAAAUUGAGAAAUUAAAGAGAAAUGCCUUGUUAAAUUUUAUGCUCUUUUGCUUAGGGACACGCAAAUAUUUACUUGGGCAUUAAUCAGCUGUUAAUCAUUAUUUUAGUUCAGCUACAUUUGCCACACCUAUUGACCUACUAUUUAUAGGCU